AUGGCGGAGGGAAACGCCGCUUCGCGUUACGUGAAAUUGAGGAAGGAGCAGGCUCCUGUCGACGAAGAUAUCACGCCCGGCGAACUCAAUCAGCCCAUUGAUGUUCCUCAGUUGAAUGUUCGCAAGUGCCAUGAAUGUAUGCAAGUCCUACCUGAAACCUAUGAACCCCCUUCUGAUGAAAACUGGACCACCGGCAUUUUCGGCUGUGCUGAAGAUCCAGAGAGCUGCAGGACUGGUCUCUUUUGCCCCUGUGUGUUGUUUGGGCGUAACAUUGAAGCUGUGAGGGAAGAGAUUCCAUGGACCCAACCAUGUGUGUGCCAUGCGAUAUGUGUUGAAGGAGGUAUGACACUUGCAGCACUAACCGCGCUCUUCGGUGGCUACAUUGAUCCACAAACCACAGUCGUGAUAUGCGAAGGCCUCUUCUUUGCCUGGUGGAUGUGUGGAAUCUAUUCAGGCUUGUUCCGCCAAGAACUCCAAAAGAAAUAUCAUCUCAGGAAUGCGCCUUGUGAUCAUUGCAUGGUCCACUGUUGCUUGCAUUGGUGUGCGUUGUGUCAAGAACACAGGGAGAUGAAGAAUCAUCUUUCUGAUGCAGAUGCUUUAUCAUCAACUACUAUGGAUCCUCCUCCAGUUCAAGCCAUGAACACCGAAGAGAGAAAAGAUGCUUCGUCUUCAUCUUCGUCAUCAUCUUCAUCUCCAUCGUCUGCCAAAAGCCAACACAAUGAUCUCGAGAUGGUCCCUCUAUAG